AUGACUCAAAGAAGUUUAAAGAUAAAUAUUAUUGAAGGUAAAGAUUUAAAAGGAUUAGAUAGUGGUGGUGUUAGUGAUUGUUAUGUUAAAUUUAAAUGUGGCCCAAUCUCAGCCAAAACAGAAGUAAUUAAAAAAUCAACAAGCCCAAUUUGGAAUUAUAUGAUUAAUAUUGGAAAUGUUGAAGAGAAUACAUUAUUACAAUUUGAAUGUUUUGAUUGGGAGAGAAUAGGUAAUAAUAGAACUAUGGGAAAAACACAAGCAUUUGUUAGUGAUUUAUCAAGUGGAGCAAAAAGAAAUUUAAUGGAUCAAUGGUUAAGAUUAGAUACUAAAGGAUUCAUUAGAAUUUCAUAUGAAUUUACUCCACCAUAUCCAUUAGAAACAGAAUCAACCAAUUCACCAAAUUUAUCAGUAGUUGGAAAUGGUAGUAGUAGUAGUAGUAGUUUAAUGUAUAAUCCAACACCAGUUUAUUUUAAACCAAUUUUCUUACCAACAAUACCAUCAGAAACAAUAAAUAAUAAUAAAAGUACAACAUGUCAUUUUUUAAUUCCAGGAUCAGUUUAUCAAACUAGACCAUUUGUAUGUGGUGAAUUUGUAAAUUGUUCAUUAGUUUUAAAUGUGUUUGAAGCAAGAAUUGUUGUUAGAUCAUUGAAUUUAUCAUUUUCAGGUUCUAUUACUUAUAAAGGUAAAAAACAAAGAAAAUUAGUUAAUGAUUAUAGAGAUUUACUAUUAGGAUUUACUGGUGGUGUUCCAGUACCAAAUAAUAAUGGUAAUAAUAAUUUAACAUCAAAUAAAGUUGUAUUGGAAAGAGGUAAACAUGUAUUUCCAUUUCAAUUUUUCAUUGAUAAAACUUGUAAAUCCACUGUGAAUUUAACAGAUUAUAAAGUGAAUUAUUAUCUCUCAUUUCAUGCUGAUAUUGUUAAUCAACCAGAUAUUUCUGCAUCACAAGAGAUUAAAGUUGUCAAUUUAGAAGACACAGUUUAUAAACAAACCAUAUCACCAAUAAAUGCACAAACAUCGAAAUCACCACUAACUGGUGGUAAUAUUUCAAUUUCGUGUAAAUCAGUAAAGAAUAGUUUUUACCCUGGUGAAGAGAUAGAGUUAGAGGUUGAGGUUAAUAAUAGUAGUAAAAAGAAGAUAAAGAAUGUUGAUAUUCAAUUGAACAAGGUGGAAUACGAUGGCACUGACGUGACAGGCACCUCCUACCAAUUGUUGACUAUGACAAAGAAAUUCUACCCAAAGAUUAAACAAAACACAGCAUGCAAGCAAAUGGUAGUCAUUGAAUUACCAUCAACAACACAGUGUGUGGGUUUGAUUCAUUCAAUAGCUGAGACUAAGAUGAUAAGAGUUGAGUAUCAUUUACUUGUGAAUUUGGAUAUCCCAAGUUGUGUUGACCUUCGUUUGAAAUUACCAAUUACCAUAGUUCAACCAGACCCAAAGUUUGAAACACUUCCAAAUCCAUUGACUGAAAUUGGUAAUUUACCACGUUACGUUAAAGAUUGGUCAAUUAAAAAUUUCCAUAGUUGGGUUCUAUUUAAAAAACAAUGUCCAGAUGUGAUGGCUUUGAAUCCGGAAUUCUAUCAAUAUAAUCUCUCUGGCUCUGAUUUAAUGCAACUUCCAACGGAAACCCUCUAUUCAAUAUUCAAAGGAGCCGGUCCAAGGACUCAAGAAUUGGUUAAUGAUUUACAAUCUCAAAUCUUUGAAAUUAAAUUGGUUAGAAAUUUCCUUAAAGAACUUCAACUUUCAAAUUUAAUAGAUUACUUUGAAAAACAAACUAUCACUUGGGAUAUUCUAUUACAAUUAAAUUAUAAUGAAAUUUUUUCAAUUACUGAUAUCACUAUUGGUGAUGCAAAAAGAAUAUUUUUAAAGAUUCAACAAAUUCAAUCUGAAAGACAAAAACAACAAGAACAACAAGAACAGCAAGUUGUUUCAAACCUUGAAGCUGUUAGUUUACAAAAAUCAGAAUAA